CCUGCAUCCAGUCGCGGCAUCUGCACCUGCUGCCCGACGUUGUUGUUUGGGAUCCCAGCCAUCCAAUAAGCAUUCUCAUUCGCGCCUUUCUGCAUGGAUGUGGACGUUGAAGACUGCGACCUCAGGAUGGUUUAGGUUAUGCUCGUACUUUUCCCCUCCCCUUCCCAGUCAGUCACUCUGCGUCGCUCCAGCAGAUGAUACCCAGCAUAGGAAACUCGGAACCCGUGUGCCUAAGCAAGGCAACGACCGACCCAACCGAAUCGGAGUACCAUCCCCUUCCAUCAUCUAUAGCCAUAAAUAGCCACCAUGCUCUCGAUCCCAGUCACUUUGGAUGCAAUUAUGUAGGGACCGGCAACUAAUUCAUGUAUUGUCUACCUCCAUGCCUCCAGAAACAUCGUGCAGGCGAACCCACCGAGGGAUCGGACUACGGACACAACCAGGGGUAGCGAACCAGACACAACGUGACCUGGACCGUUCCAAAGCCCGGGCGGGAUCGCAUAAGCGCCCGACGAUUGACAAGCUACAAAAAGGGUUUCAGGUGGUGGAGUGACCUCAUAAUUUUGCCGAAUCAGGACCGGAAAGCAAAGCGAAAGAAGGAAAAAAUCAAGAGAAGGGACGAGGGGAAAAAAGAAAAGAGGACAAAAAAGAGGCGGAGCCAAGAAACCUACCCCAAGAAGCGACCUGCCACUCGACCCGGUUCCUGAAUCGAACCGCAGAACCAGGGCCGUGGUUCCGUCACCAGGCACCGCAUCACCAUGGGUGGGAAAGGGGACACUUCUGACUAACCGAUUACUUUACCUAUAACAGCUUCAGGAUUCGGAACCAUGGAUAGUGAACCGUAGAAUUCAGGGCGCGACUGGGAAGAGGUUGGCCCUGGAAAAGUGGGAGAACUUGGGUGAAGGCAGUUCGGGCCUCUCCGGCCAUUGUCCACAGAACGGGAUCAGGGACUUUACCGCUUCCAGCAGGUGACUGACCUCAUUUUGUCUUUUUGGCCAGCCGUAUGAGUGGUCUCCCACUCUUGCGCCCUUUCAGGUACAACCGUAAUCCCGGAGCUGUCGACGUGCUGGGUUUCUAUUAAUAUCAUUUGGCCUAUAUUUUCUUCCGUAUUUUUACUCUGAUCCCCCUCGCUUUUCUACCCAUAUUUCUGUCGAGCGCAAAUCACUCACUGAUCGUUGGCGCUGCACUCCGCCCGUGCCGACCACUUCCACCAUUUUUCCUGGUGAUUCGGUCCAGGUACCCGCCCCUCUCGCCAUCACAUAAGCCCUGAUUGGACCGCAGCGGAUGACAGCGCUAGGGGGGCGGUGGAGAAGCGUUGUUCGGCACUCGUGCUGACUUGUACAGACUACUGAGGCGGUUAGUCGGGGGCUAGUCUUCCAUCUGGAUUCUAUCGCCGAAUCUAUUAAUUUAUAAAUUAAUUAAUCGCUGGCACCUCCCUACGAACACAUGAACAGGUGCUAUUAAUACGGUAGGGCAAGUUAAAUCUGGGGAUAGUGAAAGCCAAGAGAGUGUCGGAGAGAGAGGAGAGACAAGCAUGCAUCUGGAGG